AUGGUUACUGAGGGCCCUGAGGAUGCGUACGCGCAGUUUAUGUUCUCUGAGCAUCAAACGGCAGCUACGCUGCCGGAUUCUGUGACACCCGGGAGUCCAACGCUAACACCAGCGAGCACCAGCAAGUAUGAACACGAUAUAAGGGAUCAUGAAAAGAGUCGUAUCUUGCGACUGAUUGUCCGCCUGCUGUUGCAUAGAGCGCCAUUUGUGACGCGUUACGAUGAGAUACGCGCUGUCGUUAAAACGUAUCUACACGACAAUGCGAACCAUGCUAUCGUCAACUGCUUUAUUGAGGACGCCAAGAAAUUGGUCAGCAAAACGCUAGGGCUGAUUCUAUGCGACAUAAAACUAGGAGCGAGGCGUGAAUUCUUCUUGAAGCAGUCGCUAGCCUUCCAGCCGCAUGACCUGAAACUACUCGGGGAAGGAGACCACGAAUUGCGCGGUUUUCUGCUCCUGAUGCUACCAUGUUUCAAGGCCUACACAGCUGGGAUUCCGCUGGAUCGUUUGUGUGAAGUGUUUACUCGAGUUGGCAAAGCGGAUAUGGUACCACGGGAUCAGGAGUCGGAGGAGGCUCUGAAAGCGACCCUCCGCGGCAUGCGCCGAAAAAGGACUGUGAAAAUUGCCGCUUCUGGUGUGUCCCCUUCUCUAACUUCUACAUAUAGUACAGAAUUCAAGGGCAUUGCGGACUACCUGCUGUAUGCGAAAGAGCUGGGCUACUUGAACGUGGUUAUUGACCCGAAAAAGGGCGACACAUUGGCUGUGAUAACAGUUGUACCCGGAUACAGGCUGCUUUUCGAGCUGGAUCAGGAGUCAUACGUGAAACAGUUCAGCACCCUGGAGCUCGACGAAAGCCUCAAGCGUACCCUAGAAGCUUUCUUUGAUCGUUGA